AUGACAGAAGGCAAAAACAAAAGUAAGCCGGAAGGUAAUCAGCAGAAAAUGGAAACACAUAUUGAAGAGGAUGACGAAUUUGAAGAAUUUCCCCAACAAGAUUGGCAAGCUAAGGAGGGCGCUGAAGAUGAAGAGGAAUUAAAUGUAUGGGAAGACAACUGGGAUGAUGAAGCGAAUGAGAAUGAUUUCGCCAAACAGCUGAGAGAUGAACUUGCUAAACACGGUCACGGCACUGCAACAUGA